AUGUCGCUUCCAAAAGACGACAAAGAAGACAUCGACGUCGCCAUCGCCGAGAAGCUGGGAGACUGCGAACCAGCAGCAAAAUUGAGCGAUGCCCGCGUCCUUCGAAAAUUGGACAUACGUCUGAUUCCUAUGCUCGCCGUCCUCUAUCUGAUGAGUUUCCUCGACCGAGGCAACAUCGGAAACGCGAAGAUCGAAGGACUGGCAGAGGAUCUCCAUAUGAGCGGAUCCCAAUAUGAUUUGACACUGACGGUGUUCUUCCUCACUUAUGCCUUUGCAGAAGUGCCGUCGAAUAUUAUGCUGAAGCGUCUCAAACCAUCAAUCUGGCUGCCGUCCAUUAUGGUGAUUUGGGGGACUAUCACGACAUUGAUGGGGGUUGUGAAAAGUUUCAAUGGUCUUCUUGUCGCUCGUGUUUUCCUGGGACUAUCAGAGGGUGGUCUCUACCCCGGUGUCAUCUAUUACACAACCAUCUGGUACUCUCGCAAACAUGCCCUACUCCGAAACGCCCUUUUCUUCAGCGCCGCCAGUAUCGCAGGCGCAUUUUCGGGGUUGUUAGCAUUUGCCAUUGAUAAAAUGGACGGAGUCGGAAAUCUCGCCGGCUGGCGCUGGAUCUUUAUCCUCGAGGGCAUGGCCACCGUCGUUAUUGCAGUGAUUGCAUAUUUCUUGAUCUAUGACUCUCCAGAUGAGGCAUCUUUCUUGACGGAUGACGAAAAGCGUUGGGUAUAUGAACAGCUGAAUCGUGACGGGCCAAGGGCACAACAAAACGAGAAAUUUCGGUGGAAUUUUGUCACCGCGGCAUUUACGGACUGGCAGGUUUUGGUGGCUAUGUUUAUGAACUUAUCACUGAUUAGCCCGAUUUACGCAAUCUCUCUGUUCCUCCCCACGAUCAUCAAGAAUCUCGGGUUUACUUCUACCAAUGCACAACUUAUGACGAUCCCUAUAUACGCCUGUGCAGCCUUCAUGGCCAUCGCUGUCGCCUGGUACUCUGACCGUCACCUCAGCCGGUCUCCCAUCCUCUUCGUCUUUUAUGGUGUCAUUAUAGCCGGCUACAUCAUCACUAUGGCUGGAGCGGCCGCGUCUAUCCCCGGUCUUACAUAUGCGGGAGUAUUCAUAGUUACUUGUGGGAGCUACAAACGUGCCGUCGGCCUGGCAAUUCACGUCGGUUUCGGAAAUUUAGGCGGCGCCAUGGUGUCAAAUUUCUAUCGGUCGCAGGAUUCACCCAAAUUCCUUCUGGGACAUGGUCUAUCUCUCAUGCUUGUCCUUAUCGGACUGGUGGCAGUGGUGAUUCUGAGGUUUGGAUAUGACCAUUGCAAUAAGAAGAGGGAUGCGCUCGGUUAUACGGAGGGGACGUUGAGUCCAGAAGAGAUCGAAUCGCUGGGCGACAAGGCACCAACCUACAGAUAUAUCUUAUAA